UUGUGUGUGUGUCAUUAUAUAAAUUAGACACACACGCACACACACACACACAGACUGUGUUAAUCCAAAAUGACUUCAGUCAUGCGAUGGCGUUACAGCUGAGAGCUGAGACAAAUAUUUUGCAACACCUUUCGAAAUUCAAUAUGAAACUUUAUGAACACAGGCUUUUUUUCCUAAAUUAACCUUCCAAGCUAUCUUACCGUUUACUUUUGCCUGGAAGUAACUGUGUGCAUUCGUUUAAUUAUAAUAUAAAGUUAUUAGAGCUGCCUGGAGUAAAUGUUGUAAAUGUAAUACACGCAUUGUUGUUUCUGUUUAAAUUGUCGUCACAUAAUUUAGGUGUUAACGAAAUUAAAACGAGUUACUAAAAGUUUGUUGUGUUGCUGGUAAUGUAUUUUGCAUUUGUGUUUAUUUUAUCUUGGUGUACUACUAGCAGUAAGCAUUUGCGUGAAGUUUAACUUGCUAGGGGUUACUACUAACUACUGUAUGUCAUUUGCAACUAUAGAUAUUAGCAGUGGACUCUUGCAGGCGGUGUCCAAGUAAGAGCAAAGUGUUGUGGAGUAUGGAAAACGAACUUCUCUGCAUGCGUGGGGCAUGGUUGCAGUGUUAAACUCUCGUUACCAAUUAUUCAGUAAAAGCGAGAAGUGCUUCACAUCGACUUUAACAUUACAUUUGUAAACACGGGGGGCGCUACUUUGAUGCAAUGCACGAACACAAAUGGCAUUAAAACUAGCAUAAAAACUCUGGUUGCAGUAGGCAGCAGUUCAAUCGUUGUUUUAAGUUGUUUGGUUAGUACACCGCGGUAGUCUCUAGCAGUAUAUGCCUAUGCAGCCCUGUGCUUGUGGACAAAGGUACAGGCUAACUGCCAAGCUAGGGAGGCAAUUAUUCAGAGCAGUUAAAUAAGUGAUCUUUUAGAGCCCUCAUUAAAAUGUGGAUCCUUAUGGAGUGAUUGUGUUUGUCUGUCUGUUAACGUUUUAGUAUUGAUUUGAGUGAUUUUUUUUUCCUCCCUUUUUCAUUCUCUUCAGCCCCUUUACGAAGGAUAAACGUACAGUAAUGUAAGAGGAUUCCAUGUCUUUCUUGGACUGUUCCUGUAUUUCACAUACAUCAUUUGAAAACAUCAGAGUAGAGGACCAUUACAACACAGUCAGUUAUCACUGUCUGACCAAUGAGCCAGCAGCAUGUUCCCUAUCAAAAACACCUCCCAAUGAUGACAUGACUGUGUACUCUACUGAUAUCAGCCACUACCAACUUCUCUCUGAGCUGGGGAGGGGGUUCUGUGACCUCAGUGUGGUGAGCUUGGCUAGGCACAGACCCACAGGGAACCUAGUGGCUGUCAAACAGACAAAUCUCGACAACUGUACAGAAGAGCAACUAGGGGUCUUGCAGAAUGAGGUGCUGCAGACUCGGAUGUUCCACCACCCCAACAUCCUGACCUCCCGGACAGUAUUUACCUCCUCUAGCAAACUCUGGGUCAUCAGUCCUUUGAUGGCUUAUGGGUCUGCAGAGUGUCUUGUGAAGACGUAUUUCUCUGAUGGAAUGAGUGAAUCACUCAUUGCCUUUAUUCUUUAUGGAGUAUUAAAGGGUCUUGACUACUUGCACAGGAUGGGCUACAUUCACAGGAGUGUUAAAGCCAGUCAUAUUCUGCUGUCUGGAGAUGGACGUGUCUACCUGUCUGGUCUACACAGUCUGUACAACAUGGUGAGAGAUGGGAAGAGGUCGAAGGUUGUGUACGAUGUACCAGAGCAGUGCUCCACUGUGCUUCCUUGGCUGAGUCCAGAGCUGCUCCGACAGGAUCUGCACGGCUAUGAUUUGAAGUCUGAUAUCUACAGUCUGGGCAUUACCGCUUGUGAGCUAGCCACAGGGAGAGUUCCUUUUCAGGACAUGCACCCAACAUUGAUGCUGCUGCAAAAGCUCAAGGGGUCGCACUGCUGUCUGCUGGAUAUCCACCCGUUCCCCUUGGAGGGUCUGGGGCUGAAAGUCUCCCGCUCUGGGGUGGAUUCUGGGAUAGGGGAGAGUGUGGCCGCCUCCAUCAUUAUGCGAACAAUGACUGGAGAGAGACCACAGAGUCCAGCACCUAAAAACUUCUCUGUGCUCUUCCACAACUUCGUCAAGUUGUGUCUACAGCAUGAUCCAGAAAAACGACCCUCUGCAAGAUCCCUGUUAACCCAUGCCUUUGUGAAACAGGUGAAAAGACACACCAAAGAUUCCUUCCUCACCCUCUUGCACCCUGCUGUGCCACUGAAUAAUCCACAAGUAUUGGCAAAAGCUGCGCAGACUGCAGCUGGGCAAGAUUCUACUACCUCUCCCGAUGCAACAGCUGGAGCAUGGGAAUUCUAAUAGGACAAUCCAUCAAUAAGAAUUCCUAGAUGUGCCAAUCGCCAACAGCAAUGAGCUAUAUUGCAAAUCAAUCAGUACAAACACUUUUUUUAUUGCUGUUUCUACUGCAAAUUAUUAUUUUACAUUUUUAAAAAAUGAAAUGUUUAUGUAAUUUAACACAUUUACACCCUUCAUAAUGGAUCAUUCACAUC